AUGCGGCUGAUUGCAUUGCUCCGUGAAGCUGGAGCGCUGUUGUCUGUGAGAGAAUAUGCUGAGAGCUACAAGGCAAACCAGCUGACAGAGACCUGCGAGGAGCCUGAGUUCAAACCAGUCCUGAACUGUGGUAAUGAGAAAGUCUGUGACCAGAUCUUCUCCAGUGCUCCAUUCAGCAGUUGCCAACAGCUUCUGGAUGUAAAUUCCUUCAGGGAGGCCUGUCGGUAUGAUAUGUGCAACUCUAAAAACAACAGUGACUCCGUCCUCUGCCAAACCAUCUCAGCGUACGCCAGACAGUGUGUCCACGCAGAUAGCAAGGCCCAACAGUGGAGGAAUGAAACCUUUUGCUACAAGAAAUGUCCGUACAACAUGGACUUCUCAGAGUGUAGCAGUGCUUGUCCUAACAGCUGCUCCAACCUUCAGGCCAGCCAGACAUGUGACAGCCACUGUAACGAUGGCUGCAGCUGCCCUGACGGACUGGUCUUUGAUGAUAUUAGUGAAACUGGCUGCAUUAAAAUGGAUCAGUGUCCAUGUCUGCACAACAAGAGAGUCUACAAGUCAGGAGAGUCCUUCUCUUUCAACUGUGAAUCCUGUGUGUGUGAGAGUGGCCAGUGGAGGUGUACAGAGUGGGACUGUCCAGGAACCUGCUCUUUGGAGGGAGGAGCUCACGUCAGCACCUUCGAUGGAAAAGCUUACACCUUCCAUGGGGACUGCUCCUACGUUCUGAUAAAGGACAGUAAUAGCUCCUCAUACUAUGUGCUGGUGGACCUGGUCAGCUGUGGUAACAUUGACACCAAGACCUGCCUCAAAAGUGUAACCCUGUCCUUAAACGGCGAAUCUGUGGUUGUUCAAAUUAAGGACUCUGGGGAGGUCCGUGUGCAUAAAACUAAACGUAAUCUUCCACUCUUCACACCGGACCUGAGUAUCUUCAAGCCAUCAUCCUUCUAUAUCCUCAUAACCACCAAAGUGGGCAUAACACUGACGGUCCAGCUGUCGCCUGUGAUGCAGGUCUUCAUCUCAGCUAACACUACACUCAAAGGAACCACCUCUGGUUUGUGUGGGAACUUCAACGACAUAAUGAGUGAUGACUUCAAGGUGAUUAGUGGGCUGGUGGAGGGAACCACUGCAGCUUUCACCAACUCAUGGAAAGCCAGAACCAACUGCCCUGACUUUAAGACAGACUAUAGAGACCCCUGUAACCAGGAUAGCAACAAGGGAGAACAUGCCCGGUACUGGUGCUCCAAGCUCUCCGAUCACAAUGGAGUGUUCGCUCCUUGCCACUCUGCCGUUAACCCCGACAAAUACGAAGAUAACUGCUUGUAUGACAGCUGUAGCUGUGACAAAGGUGAGGACUGCAUGUGUGCUGCGGUCUCCUCAUAUGUCUACGCCUGUUCGGCAGCUGGAAUCCACCUCAGUGGCUGGAGGAAUAAUAUGUGCAGCAGCUUCAGUGAAUGUCCAUCGAGCAUGGUGUAUGGCUACAACAUGACCUGCUGCGGUCGUACCUGCCGCUCCCUCAGCCAAGCCGACAUCUCUUGCGAGACCACGUUCCCCAUGGUGGACGGCUGCGGCUGUCCCGAAGGAACCUACAUGAAUGAGGCGCAGCAUUGUGUGCCCAGUGCGAGCUGUCCCUGCUAUUUUAAAGACACUGUUUAUUCUGCUGGAAGGCAUUUAAGGGAAGACGGCACCACAUGCUUGUGCAAAGAAGGGAAAUUCACAUGCACCCCGAAUGAUUGUGAUGCAGUUUGUGGCCUCUAUGGCGAUGGUCACUACAACACAUUUGAUGAUAAGAGGUUUGACUUCAAUGGACAGUGUGAAUACACACUCCUACAGGACUACUGUAGCACUGAUCUGAGAAAUGGCAGCUUCAGAAUUGUCACUGAGAAUGUUCCAUGUGGAACCGAGGGAUUCACCUGCUCUAAGACCAUCAAGAUCUUCCUGGGGGAUAAUGAAUUCCAACUUAAAGAUGAGACCUUCAUUGUGAUAAAGGGCAGAAGCCAGUUUCAGGUAUACAAGAUAGGUUUUUACCUGGUGAUGACGAUCAAGCCGGGGAUUUCGCUCAUGUGGGACCGGAAGACCAGUCUUUCCAUUCAAGCCAGCUCGAAGUACCAGGGUCAAUUCUGUGGUCUGUGUGGAAACUACGACGGCAACAGUAAAAAUGACUGGACCGCACGGUCCAAGGAGACAGUGACAGAAGUUCUAGAAUUUGGUAACAGUUGGAAGCUUGCACCCACCUGCUUAAAUACCAAGAAAAACAAGGACCCCUGUGAGUCCAACCUCUACCGAAAGACAUGGUCCGAAAUACAGUGUAAAGUCAUCCUCAGUGACACCUUCAGUAGGUGUCGCUUACAGGUUGAUCCUUCUCCAUACUAUGCUGCUUGUGUGAAAGACACUUGCGCUUGUACCAAUGGAGGGAACUGUGAGUGUCUCUGCACUGUGGUGGCUGCCUAUGCCAAAGCUUGUAAAGAUGCUGGGACCUGCAUUAGAUGGAGAACGCCAAAGCUGUGCCCAAUUUUCUGUGACUACUAUAAUUCCCCUGGUAACUGUGAGUGGCACUACAAGCCUUGUGGAGCUGGCUGCAUGAAGACAUGCAAGAACCCAUCAGCAAACUGUUCCAACAUCGUCACCACCCUGGAAGGCUGCUAUCCACAGUGUCCUCAAGCCCAGCCCUACUUUAAUGAAGACACCAUGAAAUGUGUCGCCUUGGACCAGUGUGGCUGCUAUGAUGACAACGGCACCCAUUACAGCAUAGGAGAUAAGGUUCCAUCAAACAACUGUUCCAUUUGGGUCUCUAUGAACGGUUUUCACUCCUUUCCCUGUUUUUCCUUGGACCCAGCCGCUGUUGCCCUAUCCCAGCCUUGUUCAUACUGUGAAUUAAACUGUUAA